UCAACCAUGCAACGUGCGAUUGCCGCAAGAUUGUCAGAGAUCAAGCGCACUGUACCUCAUUACUCUUUGACUUCUGAAAUCGAAAUGGAUCGAGUGAACAGUUUGAGAGGCUUGCUCAACAAAUCUUUAAUUGAUCAAUCGAGUUCUGCUCAGGGUGAGAUCGAAGCGCCUAGAAAAUUGAGUGUCAAUGAUUUUGUUAUCAAGGGAGUAGCACUCGCCUGCGUAGAUGUACCAGAGGUCAACGCAGAAUGGCACGGUGAUUUCAUUAGACAAUUUACUUCAAUUGAUAUAUCAAUUGCAGUUGCUACGCCUACUGGACUAUGUACCCCAGUCCUAAAAAAUGUAAGUAAAAGAGGGCUAAGUUCGAUCUCAAGAGAAAUGAAAACACUAAAAGAAGAUGCAAGAAUGAAUGAAUCUAAUCCAGAUGAAUAUCAAGGUGGAGGGAUCACGAUCUCUAAUUUAGGAAUGUACGGAUCUGUUUCACAUUUCACUUCCCUCGUCAAUAGACCUCAAGCUUGUACCGUGUCAGUUGGAGCAACUGAUAAGAAAUUAGUGAUGGAUACUUCAAGUGAAAAAGGGUUCAAGGAGAUUGAUAUCUUGAUGGUCACUAUGACUUGCGAUCAUAGGGUCGUGGAUGGCGCUCUUGCCUCUCGGUGG